CCUCGUCAGACGAGUCCCGCGCGGGUCGAGUGCUUUGUCCACUCAGAGAUGUAUUACGUGGAAGUGCUGUUGGAGGCGCCCACCGGUCAUGUGCUGGACUGCAAAGUGGCCCAUCAGGCAGAAGCGCUCAGUUGUCCCGAACUGACGGAAGUCCUACAAAAAGGCGAUUUCGUUGAAUUCACCAAACAUUUAGAGGGAUUGUCGGCCAUAUAUCAGAUCAACGCCGAUAAGAAAAACAAGACAAAGGCUUAUCUGGCAUUACAUGCCCUCGAAAUAGAUCUCUCGAGUUUAGCAGAACUCCAGAAUCAUCAAAUCAAUGACAUAAACAAUUUGGUCCAUAAAUCUCCGGUCGGAAUAUUAGAGCCACGAAAAGGCGGUCAUCCCAUGAGACUGACAUACUUUGUGCCGCCCUAUGAUCUCAUAGACGUGGCCUCUAAAUCAUGUCUACCACUUAAUGUCGAAGUAAUAUUGGAGAAAAAAUUGGGCACUUCUGCAACCGUUUGUAUUGAGAGCUCAUCUUCUCAUCGCUUACAACACGAGUCUCUCAUAAAUACUUUGAAAACACCCGAAGGAAAGAAUUUGCCCCAAUUCUCGGCCUUAACUAAUCUAAACAGUACACAACUUCCCGCCUGUUUUGUGCUCCGACUCCAGACACCACUCGUCACGUCUAUUGAUAUACUGAGAAAAAUCAGAGCCGACACUAGCAUUGAAUUCAAUUACGAGUUGAUUCAUAAGCGCGAAUCGCUUAUACAUUUGAUUGCUAAGCAAAUGUUGGAAAUGCACCUCCCGAAUUUGAAUUGA